AUGAUCCUGGGAUCCACAGGGAACAACCAGGCCUACACCUACCUCAACCUCGACUAUGGUAGCAUGGGCAGAGAGAAAGAUAGCGACUGCUUUGGAUUCUCUGGCAACGUGAGCGCCGGCCCGCAGGAGAACGGCAGCUUUGACGAAGCAGUCAAGCUUCUACAAGCACGUGGUCGGCCUGACAUAGACUUGGUGGCAAGCUUCGGCAGCGAUUCCAAGAAUCGAUACCACUACACCAUGGUUCUGGACUCGGACACGAUCUGCCCCGCCGGCAGCAUCCGGCAGCUCAUCGAAUGCGCGGAGCAUCCGGCCAAUAGGGCCUUCGGCAUUGUGAAUGCCAAUCUCGCCGUGGACUACACCAGCUCGGACUCUGACUGCACCUGGCACAUGUGGCGCAACGCCCUGAUGGAGGUCUCGACCGUCAACCUAGUUAGAGGGCAGUUCUGGAUAUUCAACCGAACGGGCUUCUAUGGGAAGGGUCUGGUGCGCAACUCCAUGUACAUCUCGAGACUCAUCGGGAUGCCUGGGCGGCUUGUGGAAGCCUUGCCAAUUGAUAUUCUCAGCCACGACACAGUAGAAGCCAAGCUGCUUCAGCCAGCGGUGGAUAUUGGGGUCACGCUCUACGAGGACGUGGCACGCAAUCCCAUCUCAGCACUGUCGCAGUCGACCAGAUGGAUGUUAGGUGAGGUUCGCAACGCCUGCUACCAUCCUGAUGGAUCAUACCGCGGAAUCAUUUCGACCCUGACCAAUUUGUAUGCUUGGCUGGUCGAAUGCAAGCCGAGGCAGAAGGUCUACGUGCGCUGGCGGGAUGUCCCGUGCUCUGUGGCUGCGGAGUACCUCUCGCACACCGGCUUUAGGCUCUUCCAUGCAGGCCCCGGAAUCCUGCUGGUCAACAUUGCGACGUCCCUGCUAGCAAAUCAGAGGUGGCUCCUAGAGCUGAAUGUGCUUCCGGUGGUGGGGAUGUCUGCAUUCCUCUUCACUGUGAUUGCUCUCUUUAUCAUUCCCAAGGGCUUCCUGAUGCUGGACAAGCUGCCAUCCCUGAACCUGGGCAAAUUUCUGCUCUGCUCGACGAAGGCGUCGAAAAUUGGUGAUGGCAUGUUCUCCAGCGAAGACGAG